ACAUUCAUCUAGCAAUGAAAACUAUCCUUGGAAAAGAAGACUGUGCCCACGUGUAUGAGCUAGUGCGUUACAUGAUAUCCCUAUAAUGUCUUAUGUGGAUGAGCUAGCGCAAUUUAGAAAUGCCUGGAAAAACGAACUGUUUGGCAAAUGUCCGACAAAGCAAUCGAAACAAAUAGAAGCAAAGCAAUUGUAUGUGAAGGGAAUGCAACUAGAAAGAGAAGGGUACUGUUAUGAAGCAAUUGAGUAUUUUCGGCAGGCUCUAAGGCUUGUCCCUGAUAUCGAGAAACAUAUUGGUGUUAAUAUCGAUCUUGGGGCCAGCUCAACUGCUACUGGAAACUUGAUAAUUCCUGGACUUGAGGAGGUUGAAGGCCAGGACCUAUCUACCUUACCAGUUGGAAGAGGUCAGUGGCCUGAAAAAUUUAACACUUCUGAAACACGUUUUGAAGAUGUUUACACUUGUUUUCCCGAAAGGAGUGUUUCAGGUACUCACAUUUCUGCCCUUCCCAAUGAGAUAAUUUUGACGAUUCUCCGGUAUGUGGUGUCCAUGGAGCUUGACUUAAGAUCAGUUGAGACUUUCGGAGAGACCUGCAAAUGGUUCCACAAUCUGGCAAGAACGCCACAGCUGUGGCAAGCAGCUUGUCAGAAAAUAUGGACUGAUAUCCAGCCUAAAUCAAUCCCGACCUCUUGGAGAGCAAUCUUUAUCAAUAGACCUCACAUGAGGUUUGAUGGGGUGUAUGUUAGUCGGAUCAAGUACCAUCGCCAAGGAGCACAGAAACCAAACAUGUGCUGCACGCUGCAGACUGUCUUCUACCAUCGGUUUCUUCGCUUUUUCUCUGAUGGCCUUGUACUUGGUCUUAACACCACACAAGCACCACAAUAUGCCGUUGCUGCCCUCAAAGAUAGAACAAGUACUAACAAAGAUGUCACCUAUGGCCAGUACACAAUUUCUGGGCGAGAGGUUAAAAUCGUCCUCUUUCAACGGGACUCCUCAGAUCGAUCCUCCAUCAAACUGAAACCUGACCAAUCAUUCAACAUCACUUUCAAACUGUCAGGAUCAACAGGCAGGCAAGCACUGCAAUGGUCAGAGUACUUCACAGUGGACAAAAAGAAUGGUCUAACUACAAAAAGAAAUAUUGAGGUGGUCCCUCCCCACUUUAGUAAGUUUGUGUACAUCAGAGCUAAGAGUUACACAGCUGUAUCUGGUGGCACAAUCUAACGUUACAUUCUGGUCAACUUGGUGAAAUAUUAAUACAUCCUGCUGUUAUAUCUUUGAUGUACAGUCUCAAUUAAAGGUUUAAGGAUAUUGAGAACUGAGAACUGUUCGACUACAGUUAAUUUGGCAGCUCAUAUUUAGAAAAGAAAGAAUUUUUGUAUCGUAGUUUAAAUAUUUUUCUCGAAUAUAUGUUUGGUUAGUUUUUCUGUUUUCUUAGUUUGCAUCUUAUUAUCAGCCAGUUAAUGAAGUGUGUGUCAUAAUUCAGUUUAUUAUAUGUAUCAGUCCAUAUUAUAAAUGAUAGAUCUUUCGAUGUCCAAAAGUAAAUCAUUUUUGACAGAACAUUUAAAAUCACACUUGUUGCUGCUGCAUCUUUUGAAUUACCUCAAAUUGUCUAAAUUGAUAUCAAUUUUCAAGACCAAAGUUACCGUAGUGUUUCUAUAUAUAAUCAGAUGCACUUAACAUGCUUGACCAUAGCUAUAAGUGGAGACAUCACAAUGCAGCCUAAAACUUUAUUCAAAAAAAAAGCAAAGUGCGAUUAUAAAAUAUAUGAUUAAGCAGCUUUUCGAGUUUUAAUAACGUUAACGUUUUAAUAUCACAUUUAAUCUCAUAGAUCUACUUUAUAAUCUUAUAUGACA